AACUGCGGGUUUUUGCCCAAUCUCUGUCCCCCGCUCUCUCUCUCUCUUGGAUCACUCCUUUAAAUCAACAUCGUCGAAAUUCCAAUUUUCUCGGAUUUUCCUCCGCUUUCCUUCCCAGUUUCGCACCAUCCAAUCAACCCUAAAACCCUAGCCUUCUCCCGCCACCAGCUCGGCUCAACUCUCCUGUGUCUGUUGUGGCUGCAAAAUUUUCAGACAAUGCUUUUGAUGGCUCUGCAGCUGCAGAAAAGCUCAAACGAAGCUGUAGCUACUGACUUGGAUGGUGAAAUAUCAAAACCCUAAAUUAAACAAAAGCUUUUACCCCCCACUGGGCAUUAUCAUCAUCAAUGCAAUACAGUGGGGAAAAUAACCCAUAUUUCUCUUUCUUUAUAUCUCAAGACUAGACCCACAAAAGAAAGCGGAAAAAGGAAGAAGAAAAAACCCUAAAGUUGAGAUUUUUAAUCUUUGGGUGUUGAAGAAAGAGGCAUGAGAUUGUUGCUAUGGAUACUGAGGAUAUCCAAAUGUUCCCCAAAUUCGAUCGGUCCGGUGAAGAAGUGAUUGGAGACCCUAUGAAGAAGGAUGGUAACAACCCUAAAGGUAACAAUGGCGUCGUAGCCGCCGCCGGAGAUGGAAACCGGCUGAGCCGGUGGCAUCACCACUCUUCCCGGAUAAUUAGGGUUUCAAGAGCCUCAGGUGGGAAGGACAGACACAGCAAGGUCUGGACAUCAAAGGGUCCCCGUGACCGUCGUGUCCGGUUAUCGGUCUCCACGGCUCUUCAGUUCUACGACCUCCAAGAUCGGUUAGGCUACGACCAACCGAGCAAGGCGGUCGAAUGGCUGAUUAAAGCUGCGGCCGACGCCAUCGCCGAGCUUCCCUCUCUCAACGCCACUUUUCCGACCGAAGACGAGAGAAUCGCCAGCAGCGAGAACGUCGUUGUCCAGAACCCGAUCCCGAAUCUGGAGCAGACAGCUUCUUUGUCUAAAUCUGCUUGUAGCAGCAAUUCCGACACGAGUAAGAACUCGGGUUUGUCUCUUUCCCGGUCGGAGCUCCGGGAUAAGGCCCGGGAGAGAGCCAGAGAGAGAACGGCUAAGGAGAAGGAGAGUCACACUGUGAACGACAACAGCCAUAGCCACGCUUCUUUCACUGAGCUGCUAACCGGCUCGGUUCACGCAGAAUCGGAGACCGGUUCCGUCAACCCGAGCCGGCAAUGGAUGCAUUCGCCGGCUCCAAUGGAGUAUUUCAAUUCAGGUCUAUUUCUGGGGUCAGGUCAAGCACAGUUCCCUAUCCAGACACUGUCUAUACCGUUCUCGUCAAUAUCUGAUCAACAUCACCAUCACCGGCAUCAUCAUCAUCCUCAUCGGGAUAUUUCCUUCGUUCCUGACCAUCUGAUCUCGCCAGGUGGCGGCGGAUCCUUCAAUCUUGACUUCAACAUAUCAUCUUCCGCCAUGGCUGGUUUCAAUGGUCUCAACAGGGGGACCCUUCAGUCCAAUUCUCAAAAUCAUCAACCAUUCCUCGGUAAUCUCCAGAGGUUUUCGUCCGACGGUGCACCGUUCUUCAUCGGCGCACUGCCUGUAGAGAAUCACAGACAACACCAGUUUAAGCUUUACUAUGAAAAUGGAUGCAGAAACCCAGAGCACAAGGGCAAAGGAAAGAGCUGACAACCCACUUUGAGUGCCCUCGUCGUUCAGACAGAUUCCUGAACUCAGAAAAGAUGGAGCAGCAUCCACCGGAUUCAAAUUAAUGUGUGUGUGUAUUCCGAGUUUUUGGCCUGAAUCAUUUGAUUGGCAUCUGUCAUUUUGUUCAUCAGUUUUACCCGUUCUAGGGAAUAUGUAUAUGAAUCUGAUACAUGUGUGCUAAGCAUGUGUGUCAAGGAGUACACUGUUUCCCAAAAUGUUCAUAUACUUUUCUCGUUUCUUGGUUUCAUUAUCUUUUGGCGUUUGGAUGUA